AUGCCGUCCGCAGCAGCAAGACGGCUCUAUGAAGAUCAGAUCCCGUCUUUCAUGGCAGUAUUUGAUCUUGAUGCUGAAACUAUGGCCGAUCAAGACACAGUCACCUUGGUGAACCCUAAGCUGGCCGAGCUGGACGCUUCAUAUCCCUCCCUGCAGAAGCCGCUCUCAGCGCAGCACUUUCGGGCGGCCACGAUUACUCCUGAUUCUCUACACAAACAUAACGACAGCACAUCCACGCAAGCGUCAGAAUCCGCCGAGUCUUCACCUACCACUACCCUCUCCACAACGGACUCUUCUCCUUUGACCGACCCUUCACCAUCGUCCUCCCCGGAUUCGCCAAUCAAUCUCAUACCGCUCUCAUCCUUCCCGGGCACGUCUUUCGGCGCCCUUCCGCCAAUGAAUGCCCUCACGAUCCCUGAAAACUCGUCUCUCAUGAGCAAUGGUCGACCCAUGACUUCGCCGGCGCCGCGGCGUCCCAAGAAUAUGAAGGGCCUAUCGAUACAACCGCCCUGCCUGAAUACGACGGUUGUGAAUACAAAUAUCAUGGCAUCAGAGCCCGCAUCUCCGGCUUUCAUCAAGCCGACAAUCCCGGCCAUGAAGCGGAAACCGAGCCAAUUGAGUCUCAAGACAAGCUCCUCUGACCUAAUGGCGAAGACCACUUUGGAGGUUCCAAGCACACCUGCUCUGCCUCCUAUUCUCCAGCGGCGGGCACUUAAGCACUCGACAUCGUCUCCACAUAUGCUCUCGGGUCUGAAGUCGGCCACCCAUGGCCCGCCCGGCGGCAUGACCUUUCCCAAGGUUCUGGAGCGCAACGAGUCUGGUCUGUCCGAGGUUCUGCGGCCAACUAAGACUGUUAUCCCCACUUCCUUUGGACCAGCCAUCACCGAAGAGGAUUCGCCAAUCCGAACACAACUCGCUGAUCGUGGUGUCAUGGAUUCCGAGCCGUUCCACGAGCAGGAGAAGAACGAGGACCAGAAGUCGCCUGGCUAUCCGGAGGGCCCGCUUGCCAUUUACGACGACGACGUCUUUCUCUACUCAGAGCCCACGGCUGAGGAGGCAGCUAGGUUUGAUGUGGUGAUCAAUGUGGCUCGCGAGGUCAACAAUCCGUUCAGCCGCUUCCGCCCCACUGAGCAGGUGGCUUCCGACAACAGCCCCAUUCCGGAUACAGCCGUCACAGCCGCCAGCUUUGCAACUGCAUUUGAAUAUCCACCAACAGAGGAGCAAGCAGCCGAGACACCAACGACACCAAGAGCCGCCCCCUCAUUGCCAUUGAAGCAGCCCGAGUACAUCCACAUACCCUGGGACCAUAACACAGACAUCGCGCCAGAUCUAAUGCGCCUCUGCGAGACCAUCGAUUCACGAACGAGGGAAGGCAAGAAGGUCCUGGUCCACUGCCAACAAGGCGCAAGCCGAUCGGCCAGUCUGAUUAUUGCCUACGGCUUGUAUCGAAACCCCGCCCUCGGCGUCAACGACGCAUACUACGCGGCGCAAGCGAAAAGCAGAUGGAUCAGCCCCAACAUGAAGCUGAUGUACUGCUUGCAAGACUUUCAGAAGGAGGUGGCUAAGCGGAAAUCUCUUUCGUCUUCCUACCGGCCACGUUCAGGACGCAGUCCGGCAAAGCACCGCUUGACUCUUUCAGCGGAUGCCAUUGAGCUGCCAAUGAAGGAACCCCGAACUGCCCCUCUCCCGGACAACGGUGAGGGUGCAUCGAGGAACGGCAGUCCUGCUGCCAAUGACAGCCCAGGCCGAGCAAGAGGGUACUCGACCCCUGGUGGCCAGUCCAUUUCACCUGGGCCAUCGUCGGCCCCGUCAAGCUUUGCGUGGUCAGAAAAGGAGUCCGACCAAAAACCGAGCAUGCCUCCCCAGUUUGACCUAGAUCGGCUACUCCCGCGGAACUCCACGCCUAGUGGACUGAGUGUUCCAGGACCAAGCUACUCGAUGAAGCCACCGCCGUCGCCAGGCUUUGGCGCCCACCGAUUUGGCUCCCCUGCGGGGUUCGGAUUCUCCAGCCUCAACCUCGGGCCGUCUCCCGGUUCCGGAUUCCGCCGAGGGAGCGAACAGGCCAAAGUGGUUGAGCGUGAGAUAUCAGUGGUGGGUGCAUCGCCAGAUGACGCCGCUUUGAUGUCACCAAGAGCCGAGACGAUGACCCGCAACCCGUUGCGUGAUCCAUGUAGUGAGGUGGCCGGCAUGCACUUCGUCGAGAUACCGCCAACGCCUGGCGACAGCCUGUUCUCGCCUCGCGAGACCAUGUUCCCACGAGAUCCAUUCGCCCCCUUUGGACGGCCACCGCAGUUUGCGGAUCCCCGGAGUCCCCCAACCACGGGCGAAACGCCCAUUGUUCGAUCCAUCGACGAAAUUCUAUAA